CAUUUCCCUUUCGACGAUAAAAAAAGAGCGGCUAAAUGUCCAACAGCGGAGAGGGAGACGAUGUGGCCGAAAAGCGACAGCGAGUGAGUAGAGCAUGUGAUCUAUGCCGGAGAAAGAAGAUCAAGUGCGAUGGCCUUGCUCCUAUUUGUAGUAACUGUCAAGCAUUCAACCUUGCCUGUAGUUACAAGGACACUACGAAAAAGAGAGGCCCACCCAAAGGCUAUAUAGAAGCAAUAGAAAACAGGCUGCACAAACUAGAAGGCCUAUUGAGCGAAGUCAUCCAGGAAGAUGACCCAAGAUCCAAAGCCCUCCUCGCUGAACUGAAUUCCCCGCUAGAAACAACGACAGGAGAGCAAAUUAAAUCGCGGCCUGUGAGGAGAAAACAGCACAGUAAGCAGUAUUCGACCAAUUCUCAGGACUCCAAUCAGAGAACCCCCGAUACCUCUAAUGAACACAAUACGAGACAAUUGCAGUCUUCUCCAAAAAGCACAGUCUUGUCGCAGCCUUAUCUUGUCUCCAGCCCAACCCUCAGCUCCACAGGGUUAGCCGAUUCACCUAGCAGUCCAGAUUCCAUUAAUGAUGGAACCGGUCAACUUUCUAUGGAUGAGAGUGGCCAAGUACGAUAUUUAGGGAAAUCUUCAGGUUAUUAUCUUCUACAGAAGAGUCGGACGUACCAGAACGGUGCAUUUCACUUUUCAGGUUGGGGACACAAAUCCACAACAAGCCACAAGACACCACCUUUACUAGACCCACUCGAAUUGCCUCCCAAAGAUCUUUCUAAGCACCUUAUCGACAUCUACUUUAAAUACUUUUACCCUUGUAUGCCCCUCUUUCACAAGAAGCUACUUGUGCCCGCAAUUUCUCCAGAAGAGCAAGUAUCACCGCUUUUACUCAAUGCUAUCUAUGCAUUGGCAUCCCGAAUGUCGCCCGACGAACGAGUAAGAUCUGAUCCUGCAUCGGCAGAUACAGCAGGCGAAAUUUACUUUGAGCGAGCAAAGUGUCUUUUGGACGAUUAUUACGAUAUUCCCAAGAUAUCUACCGUUCAAGCCCUUCUUCUUCUUGCUAGUCAUCAACAGGGUGUAAUGAAGCCUGCACGCUCUUGGCUAUAUAGCGGUAUGGCAUUUCGUAUGGCCCAAGAUUUAGGUCUUCACCGCAAUUGCGAGCACUGGAAUAUCUCGCGUGAAGAAAGAGAACGAAGAAAACGGGUUUUCUGGUGCUGUUUCAUUACUGAUCGCCUGACGAGUGCCAUUUACGGACGUUCUUCUAAUUUUGAGGAACGAGAUAUCGAUGUCCCAUUUCCCCAAGAAGACGACGACGAACCAGUAACUUUGGAAAAUUCAGAAUCAUCACGUCCACCAGUCAGAAUAUUAGAUAUUCUUACGCAGCUGAUCAAGAUAUGCGAUAUUCUUGGCCAUGUCUUGAAGAAUAUCUAUUAUGCUAAAGCACGCCACCAUGGACUUCCACAACACAUUGACCAUAUUCUCCUAACCCUCAAUCGACAGCUUACAAACUGGUUUAGCUCACUUCCACCUUCAUUACAAUACAAACCCCCUAAUACACAGAUCGGUGAAACUGGGCCUGACCCGCCGCUGCCAGUUUGUCAAAUGCACAUGGUGUAUUAUACUACAGUAAUUCUCCUUCACCGACCCUUUAUUCCUGGGCCGACACAAACCGUAUCGCCCAUGUCUCUUCCGUCAUACAAAAUAUGCAUAUCAGCAGCCAACACAAUUCUGGAUAUUGUCAACAUUAUGCUCGUAGAAAAACAUUUGCCCUAUGUUUCCAAUUUUACAGUCUACUAUGUUUUUACAGCAGGUAUAAUCUUUAUCAACCUGGCCUCCUCGAGUGAUGCAGAGUCUGCAUUUGACGCCAAAGUCAACAUCAACAAAAUUAUGCGGGCUUUGGACGAGAUCGAGCUAACAUGGAAUAAUGCUGCCAGAAGUUCAAAUAUUAUUGGAGAGCUCGCCGGUCUCCGGGAUAUUAACCUUGAAUGCGGAGAAGACGGUCCGCAGCCAGCAAAGACGCUCAGCCUUCCUCCACCAUCCAUAGCCGUUCCCAACUCUCCAGAAAUAUCUAUGUACGAUCACCGCCGAAGACAAUCAAGAAGUUUUGAAGACAACAACAACAAUAAGAUUGAACGGAAUGGAUUUACAGAAAAUCAAUGGCCAAAUCAGUUGCCGAAUUCCCAAAUGCCAUCCCAAAAAAUGCCAGAGCAUCUUCUUGCGUCGCACGGGCUGAACUAUAUGCCUUUUGACUCUGAAUACAAAUACCCAUUUAUGGUUUCGCCUACUACCUCAUCAGGGGCGAAGGGAAACGUGCCCACUAGGUCGAUAUCAUUGCACGACAGUAACCAGUACAGUACCCAUGCAAACAACAGUUUUAUGGACGCACAAACAACAGAUCCAUUUGCUGCUCCUGGCACUGUUCUGGGUCCUACUCAACGACAAUUCGAUCCCUUGGGAACAGCAUUCUGGGGAGUACCAUCUUCACUUGACACAGAAGAGUGGAAUAAUUACCUUGGAGCACAGAGUGUUCCAAACCAGAACUAUAAUGAACAUAAUAACAAUAACAGUGGCCCAAGCACAAAUCAACAAUUGGUAGUGCUACAAGACCAGCCCCUGAUAUCAUCACAUGAGUUCUCUCCUACACAAUCUAUCUCAUUACCACAGCAAGACAAUGGCAAUCAUCAACGACAACAUCAACAUCAACAUCAAGACUCUUCAAAAAACCAAACACACAAUGAUCGUGGUGCGGAUAUGUUUUCAGGAAUGUCAAUGUCAAUGAUGCCAGAUUCACCUUCGCGUAGCGUACUGUUGGGCUACAUGGGAAAUAAUAGAAUUGGUCCAAGUGGUCCAAAUAAUGAUAACACACUACUGAAACAACCUUACAGUAGUAGAAUGAAUGAGCCUGAGCCUGCAGAACUUAUGUACUGGUAACAUUUCGCUAUGCACUCACACAUUUUUGUAUAUUAUGACAACACAUACGACUGUCACCUUAACCACAGCACAUUUUAAUAGAAUUAUUCUUUUAUAUUAUUAUUACUACUACUUAUUAUUAUCCUGUUUUGUUUUGCUUUGUUUUUUCUUCUUCUUAUAAUAUUUAAAUAACAUUUCCAUCUUCGUAUACACU